AUGACUAAGGGUACUUCACGAACUACGAGAAGCGCUUCGCAGGGUACAUCAGCUACCCGUUCGAUAUCUCAAAACACGAAUGAUAUACAUUGGAAAUCCUUAAGUCCAAAAACGAGACAACAUAUCCAUGAUCUUAUAUUGAGCUCUGUUCCCGUUGUGCUGAAUAGUAUUCGUGGUACAAAGAGAAAGGAUAAUUUACAAGAAUUAUUAAACAAACUUAUUACAAAAAUUGAUGAAAAGUUGGAAACACUUCAAGUUCCAAAAACAUCAAAAAAUAGCAAUUUUGAUUAUACCAAACUUCAUUCUCAAAAUCGAGCAUUGGAGUUGACACUUGCGCAAGAAUUGGAGCAGAUCAGCCAAAUGGAAAUGCAACUUGAACACGAGAAAUUGCAAAGUUUAGCUAUAUUCCGUAGUGACAAAAAGGCUGUAGACAGUCGAAAUAAAAUGCUUCAGCGGAACAAGCUACAUCCUUUAUUAAAAGAAGAAGUAGAAGACUUGGUUGAAAUUGACGAAGAAUUAAUUAAAUUUCAUUUUAAACCAUCAUUAAGGGACAAAUCAUCAUGCUUAUAUGAUGAUGAUCAACUUUGCGAGAUUGAAAAAUCUCUCUCCUUACAUUUGCGAUCAAUUGAAAAGAACACUCAGACAAUCGAUGAUUUAGUAAAUGAGAUUGAUGAAGCUGAGAAUAGUUUGUUACAAUUAAUGAAAAAUGCAGGUUUGGAUGAUAAGUUGGUUGAAAAGGUUUGUUUGUAA